GAACGAGUCCGUCUAGUCCGUCAGUAUCGAGUCAACAACCUACAUAUUAGUUGCACUCACUUCGUGUCUGAGAUCAAACGAAAAAAUAUUAGAACCAAAAGUUUUGAAAGUUUUUUUUUUAUUAUAGUUUCAAACUUAAGUGCAAAAUGUUUCGGUCGUGUGUGCCCAAGGCGAUUACCUCUAGUCGCUGUUUCGCGCGGAUGUACUCGAAGGACGUGCGCUUUGGCUCCGGAGUACGGGCAAUGAUGAUCCGGGGCGUUGAUAUUCUGGCUGAUGCCGUUGCUGUGACCAUGGGGCCCAAGGGUCGCAGUGUGAUCGUGGAGCGACCAUGGACCUCGCCGAAGAUCACCAAGGACGGCUUCACGGUCGCGCGCUCGAUUGCCCUAAAGGACCAGCACAUGAAUCUGGGCGCCAAGUUGGUCCAGGAUGUGGCCGAUAAUACGAAUGAGUCGGCGGGUGACGGCACGACCACAGCAACAGUUUUGGCUCGAGCGAUUGCCAAGGAAGGAUUCAAUCAGAUUACCAUGGGGGCUAAUCCCGUGGAGAUUCGUCGAGGUGUCAUGUUAGCUGUUGACGUCGUAAAGGACAAGCUGAAGGAAAUGUCCAAGGCAGUGGAAACGCGUGAGGAGAUCCAACAAGUAGCCACCCUCUCCGCGAACGGGGAUACUGAAAUUGGGCGGCUCAUUGGUGAGGCCACCGACAAAGUGGGUCCAAGAGGAACUAUUACUGUAAAGGAUGGCAAGCGCCUGAAGGACGAGCUAAAUAUUAUCCAGGGCCUGCGCUUCGACAACGGCUAUGUGUCGCCCUUUUUCGUAAACAGCUCCAAGGGGUCCAAGGUGGAGUUUGCCAACGCCCUUGUAAUGAUAUCCCUGAAGAAGAUCACUGGACUCUCGCAAAUAGUUAAAGGUCUGGAGCAAUCCCUGAGGCAGCGUCGUCCCCUGAUCAUCAUAGCCGAGGACAUCAGCGGGGAAGCCCUCAAUGCUUUGGUCCUGAACAAGCUCAGGUUGGGCCUCCAGGUGUGCGCCGUCAAAUCGCCCAGCUAUGGACACCACCGCAAGGAGCUUAUAGGCGAUAUAUCCGCUGCCACGGGAGCAACUAUUUUCGGCGAUGACAUCAACUAUUCCAAAAUGGAGGAGGCUAAGCUGGAGGAUCUGGGUCAGGUUGGCGAGGCUGUGAUUAGCAAGGACAGCACCAUGCUCCUGCAGGGCAAACCCAAGACAGGACUUUUGGAAAUGCGCAUCCAGCAAAUUCAAGAUGAACUGGCGGAAAAGCAAAUCAAGCCAGAGCAGCGGGAUCGUCUGCGCCAACGCCUCUCCGCCCUCACGAAGGGCGUGGCAGUGCUGCACAUUGGUGGAGGCAGUGAAGUUGAGGUGAAUGAGAAAAAGGACCGUGUGGUGGACGCCUUGAAUGCCACUCGAGCGGCCAUCGAAGAGGGAAUUGUCCCAGGUGGCGGUACGGCCUUUUUGCGCUGCAUUCCCUACCUCCAGGAACUCAAAACGGAGAGUGCAGAUCUCCAGAAGGGCGUCGAUAUCGUCUGCAAUGCCCUGAGGAUGCCUUGCCAGACCAUAGCUCAAAACGCCGGAGUUGAUGGCCCAAUGGUGGUGGCCAAGGUGUUGAAUGGCUCGGAAGACUACGGCUACGAUGCCAUGGGCGAUGAGUACUGUCGGCUGGUCGAGAAGGGCAUUAUUGAUCCCACAAAGGUGCUGCGGACCGCCAUCACGGAUGCAGCUGGAGUGGCCUCUCUUCUGAGCACCACCGAGGUGGUUAUCACCGACUCCCGGAACGAUGAUCUUUUGUCCAAGUUGUCAGGAGCUGGCGGCGGAAUGGAUGAUGGACUGGACAUGAACAUGGGUGGCUUAGAGGAGCUGGCAGCCUUAAGUGGAUUGGGUGGCAUGGGUGGUAUGGGAGGCAUGGGUGGUAUGGGAGGUAUGGGAGGAAUGGGAGGUGGAUUCGGCGGAAUGGGCGCUGGUGGCGGAAUGAGCGCUUCUGCCAGCAAUGACGGUCCCACUGCCGAGGAGAUGAAUGAAAUGGUCAAGGCUAUUCCCGGCAUGGAGCAAGUAGAGGUGCGUGACAUUGACAGUGGGAUGAUGUAGAACCCGCUUCCGUUAUCCGCUCCAGCUCAAAUCGUUUCUAUAGUUCAAAUAUCUGUUGAGUGUCUAAAUUUUAUGUGUUCAUCUAAAAUAUAAAUUGACAAUCGAAAACG